GUGUGACAAGUGCGAGCGGAAGUAGGGUCCCCUCUCAGCUCAAAUUCUUGUUCCUGAGUUACAUGUAGAUCGCAUUCCACUCGCAUCUAGAGAAAAUCUCAACAUGGUUGUCGUGAAUAAAGAAGUUAUUCAUCCCGUGUAUGAAGAAGUACGAGACGACAACAAUGAUACCAACUGGCUUGUCCUGAAGUAUACGGAUACGGAAAUCACGCUCGACUCACAGGGCACAGAUUAUGAAGAAUUCAAAUCCAAGUUUCAAGACGAUGAGCGCGCCUUUGGCUACGUCAGGCUAAUAACGGGAGAUGAAAUGAGCAAACGUUCGAAAUUCGCUUUAAUCACUUGGAUAGGCAAAAACGUGAAACCAUUGCAAAAAGCUAGGGUAUCAACCGACAAGGCAUUCGUGAAAGAUGUCUUAAGAGUUUUUGCGAUCGAGGUUUCCGUCGAUGACGUCUCAGAUAUUACUGAAAACAAAGUCCGUGAAGCUGUCAUCAAAGCAGGUGGAGCGAACUACGGAACCGGAAACUAAGCGCCCCCUAGUGUCUAACAAAUUUAUUUAAAUGAAAGUUCCGCUUUGUCAAGUUACAAAACAACGCAACUCAAAGAAGGCUUUUUUACUUGACAACAGAAUGGAUGUAUAGAUUAUAUAGUUAUAUAUACUUCUAACAUGUAUAAAUGUGUUUUAUCAAAAAGAUUCACAAUGCAUACAACAAGAAAUUGUAAGGACAAUCUUUCUGUUUUUAACUAAAAUAUAAUAUUUUAUAUAUGUA